UGCAUACUUUUUCGCAAGUUUAAAUGGGAGUCGAUUUAGCUCGGGUAUUUGUAGGUAACUGUAGGGAAGUAACUAGUCAUAUCACUUAUAUUAACUGAAAGGGAAAAAUAAACUUGCUAGUGACAAUAGCUUCGGGCAUAUAAUAUAUAUAGUUAUUCGUCUUCAACAUACCCAACAAUAAUUCUUUUACUCCCCCAUCGAAUUAUACGAAGCUAUUUCAACGUCAUUUUCCUGUUCAUAAUUAUUUGAUUCGCGUUGACCAACCAGCUGUAUCAUUCAACCUGUUUUUCCAUAAUGUGACGAAACUGUUGUCACCGAUAUGGUCAAAGGAAAGUUUCAGGCUUAUUUCCCAUUUGAAAAGAAUUCUUUGACGUACAGCUGCCUCCACUGUCGUGCACAUUUAGCUCGUCAUGACGACCUCAUAAGUAAAUCUUUUCAGGGAAGUCAAGGUCGAGCUUAUCUAUUUAACCAGGCUGUAAAUGUUCGUUGCGCUGAAGCUAAACAACGUGUUCUUCUGACCGGGUUGCAUUUUGUAGCUGAUAUAUUUUGUGCAUGUUGUGAUACAGCACUAGGUUGGAAGUAUGAACGUGCUUUUGAACCUAGUCAACGAUACAAAGAAGGCAAGGUGAUAAUUGAAUUGGCACAUCUAUUUAAGGAUAACAGUUGGGAUGCUGAAUGGUUAUACCCUUUGUAUCCGACAAGCUCUAUUGCUAAUGGUAAUACUUCUGACACGACUUUAAAGUAUGCAAAGCCGCAUUCGAUUAGUGUAAGUGAUUAUCGUCAUAGUGAAACUGGAAAACCUAAAUCUUCACUAAACUUCCCACCGAUUGAUGCGUCUGAUUCUUUAUCAUCAACUGAUGGAGGUGUUUUUGAAUCUUCUACAACUGAUUUAAUUGAUCCUAAUGAAGAAACGUGUACAGAUUUCGUGCAUCAUCAUCACCAUUCACACCCUCCUCCUUCUCUACACCAUCAUCACCAUCAACUUCAUUAUCAUUUGAAUACAUCUCCAUCCUCAACUCAGGUUCAUCAGUCAUCAUUUUCUCUUAUGUCAAAUGAUUCAGCGUCCUUAUCAUAUCGAUUAAGUUCAUCAUUAAAUGCAACGGGUUGGGCCUUUCGUAUUCCACCAUCACUGACAUCUAACAAUGAUAGCCAUGAUAAAUAUUUAUUAGACUUAUCUGAUUCUGGACGUGUCAGUGAUUAUUCUCAUACUUGCACAUCAACAUCAGCAACAGAGAAUGUAGGACAUUUAAAUCUUGUUUGUUCUACAGAUAAUAACAUCAGUGAUAGUGAUAUUAGACACGUUGAUAAUUUAACACCGGAUAACGUGAUUAUCACUAAUAUUGAUAAAAGUAAUACACGUAUUCAUAAUAAUACAGAUAACAAAACUAGGAUAGUCUCUGGUCAAACAGGCACUAACAUUAAUAAUAAUAAUACUGGUAUUCGUAAAGAAGAUGAACAUUUUACCAAAUCAAAGCCAAUAACUCCUAUUACAAUUAAGCUAUCUCAUAAAGAUCAAAAUAACAAUGCUGUGGAUAAUAAUAAUAACUCUGACUAUAGUUGUUUGGAAACAGAUGCAUAUGAUAUUUUUGAAGAUAUCAACUUUAACAAUGGGAAUAAUCAUAGACCAGUGGAUGAUUUAUGCUUAAGAAAGUUAUCUCAGUUGUGAUAACAUGAAAUAGGGUGACUUGAAUCACCGGUUUGGAAAUUUUCUAAAUGUUCAAUGACUGCCUAAGUCAACUGGAAGCUCAUAAAUUGGGCAUAUUUGCAAUAUUAACAGAAGUUGUACUCAUGAAAUUCGAACUAGCGUCGAGUUUCAACUAGGAUGAAAGCUUAACACUGAGUUCGACAAUAAUUUAUUUUCAACACCACAAGCUAGAAGAAUUUCCAAAAUCAAUACACAAAAUCUACGAGUUACAUUCAAUUCUAAUUUAGCUAAACGUAAUCGUAAACGUAUAAAACAUCGACUUCGUGCUUCAUCUGCUUCACCUUCAAGAGAUUUUCUUUUACCUACUGGUUCAGAAGAUGAAGAAGAUGAUAAAGAAGAAGAAGCAGAAACAGAAGAAACAGAUAAUCUAUCCGAUUUUACUAAUUUUCAUAAUCAAUCACAAAAUAUUGUUAAAGUACAAGAUUGAAUGAAAUACUAUACUAUUUUAAUUCUAUGAAUAGCUUAUUCGAAACUACAUUUACUGUCCAUGAAUUUUACACACGCCCCCCCCCACACACACACACGCGCACACGCACAAAAGUACACAACAUAAGCCUUUGUAUGAUUUUAAAUGCUGUGGAUUAAUAUAAACCAUAUGUCUUUCGAGGAUCUUUUAUUUACAUCAGAUAAAAACCCAGUUUACUUUAAAAUAAUUCAUUAUUUAUUUUAUCCUAGUAACACAUAUCCUCUAUUCAUUGCUUAUUGUUUCUUAUUUAUAAUAAUGAUAAUUGUUCAUAAAAUUAUUUUAGCGGUUUAUCUGUUUCAGCUUCUUUUCUUCUUUCUUUUCUCUUCCUUUCUUUUCUUUUCUUUUGUUGUUGUUGUUAUUGUUGUUGUUGUUCAUAUUAGAUUAAUCCUAAUCUCUUAUAUUUCAUAUAUCAUUUAUAUAAAUAUUCACUAUUUCAAUCUUGAAUAUCUUGUUUCUAGGUUAAUAAAAGCGAAUAUGUUGUCCAAUAAUAUUUGUCCAAAGUAUAUGAUAAUCUUAAAUGCAUAGAUAAUAUGAAACUGUUAUCUUCUUAUUGAUUUAUUGAUUUAUGAGCAUCUAUAUUAUUUUUGAUAAUCGAUUCAAGGUAAUGGAAUUAUUCAAUGGAUCAUCUCCCUCCCUCCCUCCCAACCUCUCUCUCUCUCUAUAUAUAUAUAUAUAUAUAUAUAUAUAUAUAUAUAACAAUAUUAAAAUUGCGAAUAGAAAAGGAAACGAAUAAGUUAUUAUUAGUUACUUGGUGGAUAGUCUCAAUUUUGCUUAUUAGUUAACUUUAAUUGUUUUUCUUUCAUUCUUUUCUUCUCUCUUCUUUCUUUUCUUUUUUUUUAUUAAUACAAAGAAAAACAAGCAAGCUGUUACGUAAUCUCGCUUUCCUUCAUGUAAUAAUAAUAAUAAUAAUAAUAAUAAUAAUAAUCAUAGUAAGAGUUUGUUCAUACAGUUCAAUAUAUUACUAUUAAUAAAUACAUACUAGACACCUUGAUAUGAUAUUGAUUUUCAAAGAAAAAAAAACAAAUAAACAGAACAAAACAAAGAUUUCUGUAAAAUAUAUUUUGAUCGAUUAUUAUUAUUAUUAUUAUUAUUGUUGCUACGUCUUAGUUACUAUGUUCUAUGUUAUUUUCAUUUCAAAGAUUAUUUUAUUGUUGUAUUUGUGAAGAAUUUUAUGUUUUUGUUCCUUUUUUUAUUUUGCUUCUUUGUUUUCAUUGUCUCUUAGAAUUAAGCCAUGUUUCAUUUAAAAAAACAAAAGAAAAUAAAAGAAAUUCAAUAACUUUA